AUGACCCGAUCCAGAACUGCAGGUAUUGCUCCAGCCCCUCUAGCGCCUGCUCUUGCUCCAGCGAGUAAACCAGUUACUUCUCCAGUUCGGAAAUCCAAGAAAUCCCCUGUUCCGGUCUCUGCUCCAGCAUCUUCAUCUAGAGAGCCGAAGCCUAAGCCUUUCAAACCUAUCCUGAGGUGUCCCUCGUUGCUUACAAAUUGGGACACGGAUAUUAAGCGGGAUCUAAUUGUUGAGCAGCUCAUUGACAUUGACCAUUAUGUCUGGAAGUGCAAUGUGAUUUCUCUACUUCGUGAUCAGAAUCUGCUUCACACUCUUCAGAAUGUUCGAUCCUACUCUGACUGGCUCACUCCCGAAAUCUAUGUCAAUCUGACAUCUGAUACAGCUCUGGAUUCCUCUCCUCUUUUCCACAAGAUUUUCGUGCGUAACACUUGGUAUGACUUCAGUCCUUCGAUUAUCAAUGCGUAUCUCCACAGGUCUGAGAUUGAGGAGCCCUUUGAACCAGCACUGGAUUUCUUGGCAUCUGCUCUGACUCAUGCUCAGCUCACUGUGUGGCCUCAGGGUGAUAUUCAGUCCAAUCUUCUGACUACUGUCUAUUCAGUGUUUUUUCGGUUUGCAUCCCACAAUUGGCUGCCCAAUGCUUCACGGCAUGUUGUUACACCUAAGAUGGCCAAUUUGCUUUACAAGAUUCGCAACAAGAUGGAUGUUGACUUGGAGACAGUUAUUUUUGAUCAUGUUAUGUCUUUCACUCCUUCGAAAGAAUCUAAAACCGAUGCUAGGCUCUAUUCAGGCACUCAUUAUGAUGAUCGUGCAUCCCUUCUUGCUACCCCUAUACCUGACCUAGUACCUCCUCAGGAUGCUCCUUCUGGUUCAUCUACUGCUCCUGCUGCCUCUGAUCCAGUCUCUCCUUCUGAACUGGUCCAGCUAAAAAGUCAGGCUGCUUUUUAUCAAUCUACUCUUGAUAAUCUUAAAUCGGCGGUUUCUACACUUCGGGAUGUUAUUUCUGCUACAGAACCAAAGCUGGUUGCAACUCUUUGUCAAAUUAAUGCCUUAGAGGAACAGCUUGCUUCACAAGAUCCAGAUGUUGAAGGCCCUUCACAGGAUGAUGAGGGCACUCCGUCAGGUUCCCCAGUCCUCUAA